AUUUAGAUGUACCAUACAUUUAGUUAUGAACUUAUAUGAUUUUGUAUCAUAACCAAUACCAUAUUAGUCAUAACUACCAUCAUAUUAACUCAUAACUUAGUUAUAUUCAAUUAUUUACUUAUACCAUAUUACUUCAUAACCAGGUCAUAACUAAGUUAUUUAAAUAAUUUGACUCUCAAAUUAGGCAACCGGUGUAACCGGUUACCAAACAAAGCAAAGUAGCAGAGUAGUCCAACAGUCCCGAAGUCAGUUGGCCUCCCUCUCUGGCUCAUGCUCUUGCUCUUGCUCUUCUCUCCUCCCUCCUCUCUCCCACCAUAGCCGAAGCUUCAGCCAUUGCCGAAGACCACCAGCCCCGUCGGCGUCGGGGCCACCGUUCUCUCAGUGUAGACAUCUUUCUUCAUAACCUCUCACUCUCUUGACGUCAAGAACUAGAGUUUCUUCCAUUCUAAUCGAAUAUUUCCAAGAGAUAUUUUCUGUAGCUCAGCUUCCCUGGAAAAGCUGCUGGUGUGAGAAAAGCCGGCCAAGGUGCUCCAAUAGAAGCUGCUCCAGCCAAGAAGGGCUGUGAGAGAGAAGUUUCAGAGGCUGCAUAUGGUGUCUCAGAUGAACUAAAGAGUGAGAGAAUUAUACGGUUAUCAUGGGCUCUUGUUCAUUCCAAACAACCAGAAGACAUGCAGCAUGGGAUAGCUAUGCUUGAAGCCUCAUUAGCCAAUAGUGGCAGCCCAUUGCAAAAGAGGGAAAAGCUUUAUCUUCUUGUUGUUGGGUAUUACAGAAGUGGUGAAUAUCGAAGGAGCAGGCAGCUUGCAGAACAAUGUUUAGAGAUUGCACCUGAUUGGAUGCAAGCUUUGACCCUCAAGAAGACUCUUGAUGAUCAAAUCACUAAAGAUGGGCUUAUUGGAAUAGGCAUCACUGCAACAGUUGUAGGACUUGUGGCUGGUGGGAUUGCUGC